AAAAAAAAAAAAAAAAGACGACAGUUAUUCUUCCGGUAGCUUUGUGUGGUGCGCAGACUAGCCACUAACCAAUUGACUUAUUAUAAUACUGUCCACGUGAUUCCCGAGCUUAUCUGGUUGUUAGACUACGGUCAGGUAGACUGGGAAAGCGCAGGUGUACGGAGGUUUUUUCGUGGACCACCGACCGACGAGUGGUGCGACAUAAAUGUACGGAGGUGUUGGGGGUUUUUUUUUUUCUCCAGCCCACGCACGCCUGUUGGGGUUUUACCCGCCCACUAAAGAUACGUGUGAUGAAAAAUGGAAGAAAUAAUUAUCAGUAUAACCAAUAGUUCAACAACAAAGAAUGUCUUCAUCUUCGGUUUCAGCACCAGCACCUGGUGGAUUAAGAAGCGCUGCUAAAAGAAAGAAUGCUCAAGAUAAGAAGCAACAAGCUAAUAAUGCAACUCCAUUAUCCACUAGAUCAGCAGGAGCAGGAGGAUCAUCAGCUACUAUGUUAAAAUUAUUUACUGAUGAAGCACAAGGGUUGAGGGUGGAUCCAUUAGUUGUUCUUUUCUUAGCUGUUGGAUUUAUCUUUUCGGUUAUUAUCUUACAUGUUUUUGCUAAAGUUACUGGUAAAUUUACAUCAUAAAAUUAAUUUUCAAUUCGAUUAUAUAUUACAUAUCUUUAAGUAACGAUUUAAUUACUUUUACUAAACCAUUAAUGUGAACCAAAUGUUUUUCCUGAUUUGUAUCUUUAAUAAUUUGCCAGUGGAAAUCUUUAGAUUGAUAUAAAGAUUGCCAAUGACCGG